AGUAAAAAUGGACCGUUCCAGGGUCACUGACCCAACAAAUAAAGGAAAAUGGAGGACAAGUAAACCUGGAUUUUCGGUAUUUUCCGUCGUGUUUUUGUGGUCCAAACUGCUCUAAGACUUAACCCUCACAUAUACGGAUCUUUCAGCUUUGUUCUUAUGGAGCCCCAUGUGACCUACAUGGCGUAAAAUGGACUUUUUGUGGAGAAAACGCCGCGAGUUUAGGACGUUCGCCUUGGCUCCGUAACGCUACGAAGUUCGUGUGCAAAGACUUUUGCACAAAUCACACUGCAAAGGGACGAGUGCAAACCGUCCUUUCAUCAUUCACGGAGGAAAAUUCCAGACCUUUUCAGGAACAGGCUCUCAAGAGCAGCAGAAUUUAUCCAUUUUUUCGGCAAGGAAGGAGAUUUUCGCUAAUUUUAGCACAGUGAAUCCAGGACUACUCUACAAUGGGGCGCUACACGGGAAAGACAUGCCGUCUGAUCUGCAUGCUGACCCUGACCUUCAGUUUCUUCCUGGUGGAGAUCGUCGUGGGUUAUGUGACCAACUCCAUGGCGCUGGUGGCCGACUCCUUCCACAUGUUGUCGGAUGUGGUGUCGCUGAUUGUUGGGUUAGGUGCUGUCAGGAUAUCAAGGGUAAAAACGUCCAAGAACACCUUUGGCUGGGCGCGAGCAGAAGUCCUGGGUGCCUUGGUCAACGCUGUGUUCCUGGCAGCUCUGUGCUUCUCCAUCCUGGUCGAGUCCAUUCAGAGACUUAUUGAGAUUGAGGAGAUCACUGACCCAAUACUGAUCCUGAUCGUGGGUGGGGCAGGACUCUUCAUCAACCUCAUUGGUCUCUUCCUCUUCCAUGGACAUGGACAUGGCCACAGUCAUGGUGGUGGUGGCCACGGGCACAGCCACGGUGGGCAUGGAGAGGACAGCAGUGAUGGUGGUGAGGAGGAGGACCUGAUGGUGACUGUUGGGAGCAAUGGGAGCAGCAAUAUUAUUGCUAAUGGAGAUGUGGACUCCAAAGAUGGCAAGCAAAAGACGAAGGAAGUUGCCUCCAGUGCCCAGCUGAACAUGCGGGGAGUGUUCCUGCAUGUGCUGGGUGAUGCCCUGGGUUCUGUGGUGGUCAUGAUCAGUGCUACCAUCAUCUGGCAGGCAGAGGGGGCCUGGAAGUACUAUGUCGACCCUGCCAUGAGUAUUGGAAUGGUGAUCAUCAUCAUGUCAACAACCUUCCCACUGUUGAAGGAAUCAGGGCUCAUCCUCCUGCAGACUGUUCCCCCUCACCUCAAAAUGGAUGCUCUCAAGAAGAAGCUGAUAGAGCAGGUGGACGGAGUCUUGGCGGUUCAUGAGUUCCACAUCUGGCAGCUGGCAGGGAACCGCAUCAUCGCCUCCGCACACAUCAAGGUGCGCAACCUGGCCGACUACAUGCUCAUCGCUGAGAAGAUCAAGGAGUUCUUCCACAACGAGGGCAUCCAUUCCACCACCAUACAGCCUGAGUUUGUGGAGCCAUAUGACGAGAUGUUCCUGAAUGCCAACUUGUCUCAGUCCGACGCCUGUUUCCUUACCUGUGCACCUGAGAAAAACUGCCUGACUAAGACCUGCUGUGGGAAACCUGGCUUGGAAGCCAACAAAGACGUCAGACAGAGGAAUGGUAGAGGGGUGGAGAACGAUGUCGUGAACGACCCUGUGAUGGUUCGUGUGGUCACGUCCAACAGCCAGACGGUCAGGCCAGGCGAUGUUAGACUAGCAGAAGGGGUAGAUGGGAGCGACAGUCAUCACAGUAUCGUAUCUGUGGAGAGCUCUCUAUAGAAGCAGUGGGGGGGAAAUCUGGUAUGUGUCCAUCAACCAGAAUUAGCAAGUCCACAAAAUUCUACAAAAUGUUUUCUGGGUCAGUUGGUUGAAGUGGUGACGCAAAAUAAAUUACAGUUUUGUGUAAUACUGACUCACCAAGUUUGCCACAAAAGCCCUGUUUUCAAGGGAGCUUUCCAUAUCGUUUCAGGGAAUCAGGGAAAGUUCUUAUGUCUCUCAUCUGACUUGAGACU